AAUGUAUCCAUCUUUGUUAGGGUUGUUGAGCAAAUCAAUAGGUAAACCACUCAGAUUCUGACACUUUUUUUUUUUUUUGACACAUUUUCUUAUUAUUAAUGGUGAAAUGUGUCAAUUUGCAUGAUUAAUCAAAGAUUCAUAGUGGGUUCAUCUUGAAUUUCUAAAAAGAUUCAAACUUUCUGCAAACUACUACAUUGUUUUCAAGAACAGAUAGAAUGGGUUUGUUGACAAACAGAGUGGGGAGGAAUGAAAUCAAACCAGGAGACCAUAUUUACACUUACAGAGCUGUUUUUGCUUACUCCCACCAUGGUAUUUUUGUUGGCGGAAGCAAAGUGGUCCAUUUUAACCGUCUUCAGGCCUUUUCUGAUGAUGAUGAUAAUGAUGAAAUGUCAGACCUUUCUUCUUCAUGUCCAACCUUUCCCGACUGUGGAUUUAAGCUACCUAACAGUGGUGUUGUUCUUUCUUGUCUGGAUUGCUUUCUCCGUGAUGGUUCACUCUACAACUUUGAUUAUGGAGUAAGCCCAUCUGUUUUCCUUACCAGAGUGCGAGGGGGCACUUGCACUACUGCAGCAUCAGACCCUCCUGAGAUGAUCAUACACCGAGCAAUGUAUCUUCUUCAAAAUGGAUUCGGUCACUAUAAUGUGUUCCUUAACAAUUGUGAGGACUUUGCGCUGUACUGCAAAACAGGCCUUCUAACAGCUGAUAGACGCAGUGUUGGAAGUAGCGGACAAGCUUCUUCUAUCAUUGGUGCUCCUUUAGCUGCUCUUCUUUCUUCUCCUCUGAAGUUGCUAAUUCCUAGUCCUGUUGGUGUGGCCACACUAACAGCAGGGAUGUAUUGUAUGAAUAGAUAUGCAACUGACAUUGGCGUUCGAAGUGAUGUUGUCAAAAUAGCAGUUGAAAACCUGGCAGAGAAGCUUGGCUACGGAAACAGUCAUGGAAGAGUCAUCAUAGAACACAGGUCUUUGAAUCAGGGAACUGCUAGGUGACAUCAAUCUCAGUGUCUUACACAGAGAGUAUUCUCGAUGUUGUAUCAAUUUAUGAUGACGUUAUUGUGUUUGCUUAACAUAUCAUACAUAUUCUCCAGAAACUACUCUUUGGUUAUCCAUGUGUGAAAGGUAAUGAUCCUACUCUAAGUUGA